AACAGAAUCAGUGUAGAAUAACGAAGAAGCCAUUAUGUCAUGUUUCAGAGUUCAGGCUCUUCUUUUUUUACUUAUUCUCUUCGUUUCCACAACCGUCUACUCUUUCUCUCAUGGAAUUUCUCAGCCUCACCCUCUUCAAAAGAGAUCCGAUUCAGGGUUGAUUGAUGAGGAGGUACAUGGUGGGUUCAUUCCUUGGGGGACAAGAAGGUCUGUUAUUGAGGGAAAUGAUACAACCAACUCCUCAUUUCUCAUAUUUGCUGAGCAUAGAACAUAUAGGAAAGAUCCUCUCAACGGGUUCAAGUAUUAUGCUGGUGGAUGGAAUCUCAAUAACAAACAUUACUUGGCUUCUGUAGGUUUUACUGCUGCUCCUCUGUUCCUCAUUGGUGUAAUAUGGUUCGUGGGCUUUGGGAUAUGCUUGUCCUGCAUCUGUCUUAGUCAUUUCUGUUGUGAACGACCACACUAUGGCUAUUCUGAAAUUGCUUAUGCUCUCUCCCUUAUAUUUCUUAUUCUCUUUACCAUUGCUGCAAUCAUUGGAUCCAUAGUUUUGUUCACCGGCCAGGGAAGAUUUCAUAGGAGUUUUGUGGAUACAGUGGAUUAUAUUUUGAUGCAAGCAGAUACUACUGUAGAUAGCCUUAGGAAUGUUUCAGAAUUUCUUGCCUCUUCAAAGCACACUGGGGUGGAUAGUGUUUUUAUACCCUCAGAUCUCCAAACCAAGAUCGAUCAAGUUGACGCGAUGAUUAGUAAUUCUACGGGCACUCUUUUUCAUCGUGCCACUCAGAAUUCAAAUAGUAUACAAGGAGCGUUGGAUAUCAUGAGACUGAGUCUUAUUAUACUCGCAGCUGUGAUGAUUGUGUUGGCAUUUCUUGGUUUCUUAUUGUGUGUUCUUGGCUUGCAGUUUCUUGUGUACAUAUUGGUGAUCAUUGGAUGGAUUCUUGUAGCAGUAAGAUUUAUUUUAUGUGGCGUAUUUCUUCUGCUCCACAAUGCUGUUGGGGAUACAUGUGUUGCAAUGGAUGAAUGGGUUCAAAACCCAACUCUACAUACGGUUCUGGAUGAUAUUCUCCCCUGUGUGGACAAUGCAACAGCCAGUGAAACCUUGUUACGAAGCAAGCAAGUUACUUUCCAAUUGAUCAAUGUGGUGAACAACUACAUUGGCAAUGUCUCUAACAGAAACAUCCCUGCCUACUUUCAGCAUUUAUAUUUCAAUCAAUCUGGUCCCUUGAUACCUCUCCUCUGCAACCCAUUUUAUCCCAACUUGAUGGAUAGGAGCUGUGUAGUUGAAGAAGUGGAAUUGGACAAUGCAAAACAGGUUUGGAAGAAGUAUGUCUGUGAGGAGUCAGCAAAGGGGAUUUGUACAACAGUGGGCCGUAUGACCCCCAGCAUCUAUAACCAAAUGGCAGCUUCAGUGAAUAUAAGUUAUGGGCUGUAUCGCUAUUCUCCAUUCCUAGUUCAUCUGCAAGACUGCACCUUUGUGCGAGAUACAUUCACACAAAUCAAUAAGGACUAUUGUCCUAGACUAUGGCGAUUCAGUAAAUGGGUCUAUGUCGGAUUGGUGAUUGUGUCAGCUUCAGUGAUGCUAUCUUUGAUCUUCUGGGUAAUCUAUGCUCGAGAGAGGAAACACCGUGUAUACACUAAACAGUAUGAUGAGGCUCAUCAUGAUCAAGAAUGUAAGGAGGCCUCUUGAGCAAAAGUUCUAGUUUAGUUCCUCUGUUUAAAGUCAG